CCCACUGUCCACCCUCAUCCGGCGUGAGAGCUCGCCUUCCGCUCCGCGGACGCCGCGGGCAUGGACUAUUCGUACGACGAGGACCUGGAUGAGCUGUGCCCCGUGUGCGGGGACAAGGUGUCCGGCUACCACUACGGGCUGCUCACAUGCGAGAGCUGCAAGGGCUUCUUCAAGCGCACGGUGCAGAACAACAAGCACUACACGUGCACCGAGAGCCAGAGCUGCAAGAUCGACAAGACGCAGCGCAAGCGCUGUCCCUUCUGCCGCUUCCAGAAGUGCCUGACGGUGGGGAUGCGCCUGGAAGCUGUGCGUGCUGACCGCAUGCGGGGUGGCCGGAACAAGUUUGGGCCCAUGUACAAACGGGACCGAGCCCUGAAGCAGCAGAAGAAGGCACAGAUUCGAGCCAAUGGCUUCAAGCUGGAGACAGGCCCUCCGAUGGGGGUGCCCCCCCCACCCCCACCCCCACCGGACUACAUGCUGCCCCCUGGCCUACAUGCACCUGAGCCCAAGGGCCUGGCCUCUGGUCCGCCUGCUGGGCCUCUGGGCGACUUUGGGGCCCCAGCACUGCCCAUGGCCGUGCCCAGCGCCCACGGGCCACUGGCUGGCUACCUCUAUCCCACCUUCCCUGGCCGUGCCAUCAAGUCUGAGUACCCAGAGCCCUAUGCCAGUCCCCCGCAGCCUGGGCCACCCUAUGGCUACCCAGAGCCCUUCUCCGGAGGGCCUGGUGUGCCCGAGCUCAUCCUGCAGCUGCUGCAGCUAGAGCCGGACGAGGACCAGGUUCGGGCCCGCAUCGUGGGCUGCCUGCAGGAGCCAGCCAAGGGCCGCCCCGACCAGCCCGCAGCCUUCAGCCUCCUGUGCAGGAUGGCUGACCAGACCUUCAUCUCCAUCGUGGACUGGGCACGCAGGUGCAUGGUCUUCAAGGAGCUGGAGGUGGCCGACCAGAUGACACUGCUGCAGAACUGCUGGAGCGAGCUGCUGGUAUUCGACCACAUCUACCGCCAGAUUCAGCACGGCAAGGAAGGCAGCAUCCUGCUGGUCACCGGGCAGGAGGUGGAGCUGACGGCGGUGGCCGCCCAGGCGGGCUCCCUGCUGCACAGCCUGGUGCUGCGGGCACAGGAGCUGGUGCUGCAGUUGCACGCGCUGCAGCUGGACCGCCAGGAGUUCGUCUGCCUCAAGUUUCUCAUCCUCUUCAGCCUCGAUGUGAAGUUCCUCAACAACCACAGCCUGGUGAAGGAUGCUCAGGAGAAGGCCAACGCCGCCUUGCUCGAUUACACCCUGUGCCACUACCCGCACUGCGGGGACAAGUUCCAGCAGCUGCUGCUGUGCCUGGUGGAGGUGCGGGCGCUGAGCAUGCAGGCCAAGGAGUACCUGUACCACAAGCACCUGGGCAAUGAGAUGCCCCGCAACAACCUGCUCAUUGAGAUGCUGCAAGCCAAGCAGACUUGAGCCUGAGCUGCCUGGG